AUGCCGGCGCGACAGAACAUGGGACACGAGCACGAGAGCGAUGAGGAGGCGCCCACGGCGUUUCACAAGUACUUCAACACUAAUUACUCCGAGGAGUUUAUGAGGAAGCUUCCUGAGCGCCUUCAGCAGCGUGCGAAGGUUCUCAUGCACUACCACGAGGAGUAUGAAAAGCUGCGCAAGAGCUUUGAGGACAAGGAGACGGCACUGCGCCGCAACUACGACGAGGUGUUCCGUCCAUUUUACGACCGCCGCAAGGAAAUCGUUACCGGCGUCAACGAGCCGACCGAUGAGGAGGUCGCAAAGGGAUUCCCGAGCGAGCAUGAGGGUUUGGUAGACAUUAAGGUUGCAGCGGCGGAUGAUGAAAAGACUAUCGCGGGUCUCCCUGGCUUCUGGCUUCGUGUGCUGCACAAUCACGUGGUCUCCGAUUCUUUGAUUGAGGAAUACGAUGAACCGGUGCUCAAACACCUGAUGGACGUACGAUCGGGUGUGAUGGAUGGUGCAUAUGGCAGCUUUGCCGUCGCCUUUGUUUUUGAGCCCAACGAGUUCUUUCAGGAGGAGUCGCUUGUGUUGGGCGUCAUGCACAAGGAUGACGGUGUGAAGAUCAUCCGUUCUCCGCCCACGUGGAAGCCGGGUAAGGAUGUGACGGUAGAAACUGUGCAAAAGAAGGUGGGUGGCAAACGUGGCAAGGGCGCCACGACUAAGACCAUCACUGUCCCACGGGACUCCUUUUUCAACAUCUUUAAGGAGCCCUCGAACACUGAUGAAGAUGACGACGACGAAGAAAGCAUGGAUGAGCAGGUUGAACACCUCUUGCACGUUUUGCACACCCGCAUUGUUCCAUGUGCCGUGAACUUUUAUACAGGUGAGGCCCCAGACGGCAGCAGCGAUCUAGAUAUGGAUAGCGACGGCAGUGAAGACGAGGAGGACGAGGAGGAGGAAGAACCGGAGCCGCCCAGGGGCGGUCCAAAGGGACGUGGGGGCCGCGGCGGCAACAAACCCACUGACGCAGGGAAGGAGUGCAAGCAGCAGUGA